AUGGAUUCCAAAGACGACGAUAUCCCCAUGGGAAUUCCCCUCAUGCCGAUUCCCAUGUUGGUUAAGAAGAGGAAUACCAGCACCGGCGCUCGUGUUUCCGCGGUGAUUAAACAGGAGUGGACCGAGGAGGAGGAGGAGGAGGUUUCGGCCUCGAAGCCUCGGAUCUCUGUGAAUCAUGAGGUUCCUGACACGCAGGAGCAGCCUGCUCCGAUCAAAAUCAAGCUGGAGUGCCCCGAGGACGAGUCGAUGCGGCUGAGCGUGGUUCCUGAUAGCCUGGGAGAUGAUUCGGCGACACAAGAAGGCGAAACUGAAGCCGAAAAUCAAGAGCCUGAAAUGAUCGAGGUCAAGAAGGAAGGAGCCGAUGUGAUGGAUGAGGCUGAAUUGAUGAGCGAGGUUCCUGAUAGCCUCGCCGAGCAGCAAGAGGAGCCUGUUGUGAUUCAGGUGAAGAAGGAAGGAUCUGAUGAGGCGGAGAGGCUGCCGGAGACUGAGCCUGAGAAGAAUGAGGCUCCGGACAACGGUGAAGUCUUGUAUGUGGAGCCUAUUUCGACGUUUAUAAGGGCGGAGGAGUAUGAGAAGUACGAAGCCGAGAAGCUUUUCGUGUCGAAGCCCAAAGCGAAGGUGAAGCAGGAGGAGAAUGUGAAGCAUAUCCGGGCAGUUCUUGGGUUUGAAAUGCCGGAAUUUGAGAUUAUUCGAGCGCUCUCUGAAUGCGGUGGGGAUCAAGCUGCAGCCAUCAACUUCAUAUUCGAAAAUGCAGGGGCGAUUGUUCUUAAGAAGACCGAUGGAGAGGCGAAGAGCGUGGUGAAGAAGGAAGUCCCUGAUUGUGAAGUGGUUUCGGUGAAGGAAGUGAGGCCGCCGAAUUUGGAGGACGGGGACUUCCCUACGGAGCGGGAUUGGCUUUCGGUGGGAGGGACAGUUGUUAGUGCACUUUCGACUUCCAAAGGGAGGAAAUUGGUUGACAAUGAGAUUGUUAACCUCUCUUUUCCUGCGGUGAAUUCGAGCAACAAAAUCAAGUGGAUUGUUCGUUUCUCUACCAAGCGAUGUGGGGAGAUUGGACGCUUUUCCAUGGAAUGGGCAAAGACUGUUGCUCCACUUGUACAAUCCGGAAAGGUUAAAGUUCGGGGGCGUUGUAUAGCUGCACCGCCUGUGCUUUCUAUGAUGCAAGAGAUCAUGUUGUACAUAAGCUUUUAUAUUCAUCGUUCAAUCUUUACGGAAAUUGACAAGGCUUCUUGGAAGCUAGAUGCUUCCCCCAACAUUGAUUCCACUAUAUAUCCUCUCCUCACUCUGUUCAAGUUGUUGAAACUCCAACCAUACCAGAAGGCUGAGUUCACUCCAGAAGAACUUGAUUCCAGAAAACGUCUUCUAAAUAUUGAACGUAUUCAAAAUGAAGCUCCAUUAGCAUUGCCUGCACCAAAACGAAGACGGGGUUCUCAACAGAGUACUGAAGAAAACAAUGAACAAGCCAUUUCUGAGUCAUCUCUAAACAAAAUUGUUGGUGCGGCAGAAGUAUACGACUUAGAGGAGAUGGAACCCCCAUGCACUCUCAGGUGUGUUCUGAAACCAUACCAGAAACAAGCUCUCUUUUGGAUGUCAGAAUUGGAGAAGGGAAUUGAUUUUGAGAAGGCCCAGAAAACUCUACAUCCUUGCUGGGCAGCCUACCGUAUAUGUGAUGAGAGGGCACCUUCAAUCUAUGUGAACAUUUUCACAGGUGAGGCCACCACAAAAUUUCCAACUGCAACGCUGAUGGCAAGAGGAGGAAUACUAGCAGAUGCAAUGGGACUUGGGAAGACUGUGAUGACUAUUGCUCUAAUACUUGCAAGGCCAGGCAGAAGAGGUUCUAAUGAAGUGGAAACUACAAAGAAAAGGAAGAUAGAUUCAGAUACAACCACCUCGUCGAAACCAAAGGGAGGCACUCUUGUUGUCUGUCCACUGUCUUUGUUAAGCCAGUGGAAGGAUGAACUUGAAACUCAUUCAGAGGCCGAAAGUGUUUCUGUUUUUGUUCACUAUGGUGGGUACAGAACGACAAACCCCAAAUCUAUCUCAGUACAUGAUGUGGUCUUGACAACAUAUGGUGUCUUGGCUGCAGCUUACAAAAGUGAUGGGGAGGACAGCAUAUUCCACCAGGUUGACUGGUACAGGGUUGUGCUGGAUGAAGCUCAUACAAUUAAAUCUUCAAGAACCCAAGGUGCUCAGGCUGUUUUCAACUUGUCAUCACAUUGCAGAUGGUGUUUGACCGGAACUCCUAUUCAGAAUAAUUUGGAAGAUCUCUACAGCCUCCUAUGCUUCUUGCAUGUUGAACCAUGGUGCAACUGGGCAUGGUGGAACAAAUUAAUUCAAAGGCCUUAUGAGAUUGGUGAUCCAAGAGGACUGAGAUUGAUAAAGGCCAUUUUGAGACCACUGAUGCUAAGAAGAACAAAAGAAACAAAGGAUAAAGUCGGAAGGCCCAUACUCGUUCUCCCUCCAACUGACAUACAAACCAUUGAGUGUGAACAGUCAGAUGCUGAACAUGACUUCUACAAUGCCCUCUGGAGGAGAUCAAAAGUCCAGUUUGAUCAAUUUGUAGCAGCAGGCAAGGUUCUUCACAACUAUGCAAAUAUCCUUGAACUACUACUUCGAUUGAGGCAGUGUUGCAACCAUCCAUAUCUUGUCAUGAGUCGGAGCGAUUCACAAAAGAAAAGCAGUGCGGGCGACGCACAAAAGUACGCAGACUUGGACAAGCUUGCAAGAACAUUUCUUGAAGCUAAUCAGGAUUCUUCCACCUCAAAGCAGACAGUCCCCAGCCGAGCAUAUAUUGAAGAGGUUGUUGAGGGUAUACGUACGGGUGAAAACAAAGAGUGUCCUAUAUGCUUGGAGUUUGCAGAUGAUCCUGUACUUACUCCAUGCGCCCAUAAGAUGUGCAGGGAGUGUCUUCUCUCGAGCUGGGGAAGACCAUCUAGUGGUCCAUGCCCAAUAUGUCGGCAAUUGAUUAAAAAAGCUGACCUCAUAUCUUGCCCAUCUGAAAGCCGCUUCCAGGUUGAUUUUGUGGAAGAUUGGAAGGAAUCUUCAAAGGUUGCAAAGCUCCUUGACUGUUUGGAACAUAUUCUUCAGUCAGGUUCUGGCGAAAAAAGCAUUAUUUUCAGUCAGUGGACUGCAUUUUUGGAUCUCUUGGAGAUCCCUAUGAAGAGAAGAGGAAUUGAGUUUCUUAGGUUUGAUGGAAAGCUGACUCAGCCGCAGAGAGAGAGGGUCUUGAAUGAGUUCAAUGAGACCAAAGUGAAAAGGGUGUUGUUGACGUCUUUGAAAACUGGUGGUGUUGGUCUAAAUUUAACUGCAGCAUCCAAUGUCUUUAUAAUGGAUCCAUGGUGGAAUCCUGCGGUCGAGGAGCAAGCAAUAAUGAGAAUUCAUCGCAUUGGACAAUAAAGAACAGUCACUGUUAGAAGAUUUAUUGUCAAGGACACGGUGGAGGAACGCCUGCUACAGGUUCAGGCCAGGAAGCAGCGAAUGAUCGCUGGAGCUCUCACAGACGAGGAAGUACGAUCUGCUAGAAUUGAGGAGCUCAAAAUGCUUUUCACAUAAAGUACAUUCUCUGUGUACAUGUAGUAGUAGUUAAAACUUAAAAGAGAGUUGCCUUGGGGGUCUUUUUUGUGCAGUCUCAAAACUUGGAUUCCCCAAUUUUGUACAUGGUUGGGUUUUGGCAUUUUAAAUCCCAAUCACCUUCUCUUAUCUAUUUUAGGUUCCUAACUGUUGUCUUGAUUAUUAGUAAUCUAAAUGUAAUGAUAUCAUUU